AUAUUUUCCCCUCUAACAGAAUAGACUGUUCCGAAACGCCGGUCUGUGAUUGGCGCAGACGCUCUGACUUCACUUUCAAGAUGGCGGGUUUCAGUUGAUGAGGAGGCACGGACGAUACUUGAACGCUACAAAUCCUAUGCACGAUGGCAGAGAGCCGAUCUAGGCGUGGCUCAGCCAGCAAUAACAAUGGUGCUACUACAGCAAGGGGCCGGCUAGGCGCACUCUCUCCUAAUGUCUUAAGCCAGGCCGUGGACACCUUAAGGACCGACCCGUCUCUAAGGAACGAGGUGGCUUCCCUCCUGAGAGAGAUAGCGCCCCAGAUUUCCCAACGCGCGGGUCAGAGCGGUACAGUGAGGGCCCCGCUAGCUGGGUUUACAGAUGGAGAUAUAGACCACAGGACAGGUGAUGCGGCCACGCCCUAUGAAGAGGAGACCGUGACACUGGAUAUGCCUGAAGGAACACCUCGGAGGGAUGCUGAGGAACCUCAGGAGCAACAAGAAGAAGCCGCAGGCCCGCCUAUAAGGAGAUGGCUGGGCUGGAUGGAGAAAAGUGUGCCUUUUGUAGCCCUCUUGCUGGUCAAGAUCCUCUAUGCACAUAGAUUAGGUAUUUGUAUCCUCUUGGGUCUGUUUGGAACCUUUAUACACACUAAUGCAACCAUCAAGAGCCAAGUAGCACUGAAGGAGAGAAGAUCAGUGAAGAUGCUGCUAUGGCUGGUCUUGUUCCUGACAGCCAACAUUGUUCUCAUCUACUAUGUGUUUGAAGAGGAGAAACUCCAGAACAGUCUGAUCCUGAUGCAGCCCAACUUUGACUGGGUGGACUUCUGGACGCUGCUGUGGGUGGUGGGCAUGACGGACUUCGUGAUCAAGUUCAUGAGCAUGGCUGUCAAGUGCCUUAUAGUGCUGCUGCCCAGGGGGAUCAUGCACUUCAAGAGAAGGGGUAAGUACUACAUGUUUGUGGAGCAUCUAGCGCAGUCCUACCGCAGUCUCACCCCGAUGCCGGUCUGGUACAAGUUUCUCUCCGACAGCGACCACUCGGGAGGACCUGUCCUUGCCUUCCUCCUCACAGCAAGCUACUUUGUACUCAAGACGUUGGGGCUGUGGAACAAAGCGAAGCAGGUCCGACAAGCGUGGCUGAAGGUGGUGCGAGACACGAACUACGGCCAGCCGGCGUCUCAGGAUCAGGUGGUGGCAGCAGGGAACGUGUGCGCCAUCUGCCAGGAGGACUUCAAGGGACCCAUCUCACUACAGUGCAAGGUGAGGGCAACGUCUUAAGACAAAAGUGAAAGU